ACUUCUCACAGGAGCCACAGCACAGAGACUGGGAAACAUGGUUCCAAAGCUGCUCGAUUCCCAACUCUGUCUGAUUCUGCUGCUGGGGUUCGUGGCAAUGGUGGGCUCCUUCGAUGCCCCACCUGGUAAUUUCACCCCAACUCAGUGGUUUCGGAUCCAGCAUGUAAAUAUGACCAACCCCCGGUGCACUAUUGCAAUGCGGUCAGUUAACCAUUACAAACCACAGUGCAAACCCAGGAAUACUUUUCUUAAUACAACCUAUCCUGAUGUAGUUAAGGUUUGUGGUACCCCAAAUAUACCCUGCCCUACAAACCCCACAAGAAAAAAUUGUCACAAGAGUUCAGUCCCAGUGCGUUUAACCGAUUGUCACCUCACAAGUCGACCGACCCCUGUUAAAGACUGCAAAUAUUCAGACAAGCCAGAAGAGAAGUUCUAUGUAGUUGCUUGUAACAACAGAGAUCCACGGGACUCGCCCCUGUAUCCAGUGGUUCCGGUUCACCUGGAUGCCAUAGUGUCACCGACCCUGGAUCAGCAUGAUGUGCCAAGCCUCGCGCACCAAGUGCCACCAUCUAGGAGACUCUGUGUGUCUACUUUUGCCACUCUUCUGUUAUUUAGUUACAAUCUGUUCUAGAGACUGUUUUCUUCCCUACCCUGAGAUUUAUGGAAAAUAGAGAUGUGGAGUGGAGAGACUGCAGC